CUUGUGAGGACAGCGCAGAAGUGAGCGGUGCAAGGAGGGUGUGCAGGAGCUCCCAGCCCCUGGAGGGUCAGGGGACAGGUGGCUGCUUCUGGGGCAAGGUCCCUGCCAGUGCUCUCAUCAGCCCCAGUCCCCUGUCCCUAGCUGUGCACCCUGCCACCUCCGGACACCCCGGCAGCAGCGAGAGCUCGGCUCGGCCCUGGGGAGAGGGAAGGAACCGCUGGCUGCUCUGAGAAGUCCUAAUCAGGCUUCUCCAGCCUCGCUGUGUCACCUACUCCUUGGCAGUGGUCAGUGGCCUCUUGCAGAAGCCCUGGAAGAAGCCUUUUCCCACAGUCCUCCUCAAUUUGCUAAAGAAGGGCCAUGUCUGCCUUUGAUCAGAGGAAGCAGAGGACAGGGCACACAGAGCCUGAGACAGACUGCAUCACCCCUCGGGUGAAGCCAAGGGGUGAGAUGUUUGUCUUUAUUGAUGGGAAAUGGGUGAAUGACAUCUACUGCCAGCCACCCUUUUCUUCACACCAGAAACUCUUUAGCAAGAAGGCACAGAAUGAAUGGAGCAUCUGGGAAGAGAACAGAGCACUCUGGCAGGAAAACCAGGUCCUCUGGAUCAAAAACAGGAUGCUCUGGGAAGAAAACAAGGCCCUACAAUAUCUCCAGUCACAGAACAAAUCUGUCCAGGUAAUUUACACUGAUGCUGUUCAGCGAAGCCUCAAGAGCAAAAAUAAGCCAUUUCCACUCUUCCAAGAGAGGAGCACAGGCUUUCAGCUCAGCCUGGGCAACAAAGCUCUCCAGGCAGUCCAGGAAAAGAAUAAAAUCUUUGAGGAUUUCCAGCAGGAGAAUAAAGCGCUUCCCGUUACCUGGAAAGGCCAAAAAGCCAUCACAGUCCAUGAAGAGAGCAAAGAUGCCAGCUCAGAUCUUCAGAAGAGCAUUGACACCAUCACAGCUGUGGAAAAGGGUAACCCUGGCCCAGUGCCCCAGCAGAAACAUGAAGGUAAAAGGAACAGCCCUACUCCAACUCAGAAUAAGACUGAGUCUGCCCCAGGUAUGCCGGGACAGCAUGAAAUCCUCCGGGUUCUCCAGGACUUACGUGAGCUCCUCCACACCUUCCUGAAAAUGAACCAUCCUCCUGGGGAGAAACAGUGCUGUCACAAUGUCUAUGACAUGAACAGAUCCUUCCAAGAAGAUUACAAUAAACUGAAGCUGCAGCUGAAUGCUGUGAAAAACACUGUGUCAGACAUUGCAGCUCAAAUGGACAUGCUGGAAAAGGAGAUUGUUGCUAUCACUUCCCCAAUGUAUGAAGAAGCAGGGCAGAAGCUGGCAACGGAGCAUCAACUUGGAGACAUGUGAAGCUUAAGGUUAAGAACUGCUAGUUCAUUGCCCAGAAAGCUUCUCUCCUUUUCUCAGGAAACCUAAUAAAAUCCCAAUAGAGCCUGAAGAUAUCUGGGGAACAUCCUGCCUAUCUGAAACUUUCUUGCACUACUUAGAUAUAUUUCACCUUCUGGUUAUAUGGUGUAGGUGACUGUAAUGAAUUUGCCUAGUGUCAGCAAUCAUGUUUUUCAGCAUUUUUCAAAAAGUUUCUGCUAACAAGGCUUAGAUUUUCAGAAGGUUACUGCUUGAGGAUCUCAACUCUGAUUACAGUGUGCCAGCUUGUAGUCCAAGGACACACUCACAAUCUCUGCUAAAAAAGCUUUGAUUAAUAAAGGAGGAUCCCUCCUCCCAGACAUUGUGAUGGAGGCAGCAGGAGAGAAUGAAGCAGGCAGCAGGACUUCUGCACAGAGCAGUGAGGUCCCUCUUGAUUUCUCGGAUAGUCAGAUAAAGCAGGUUUUUACCUGCCCCACAGCAAAAGCAGCAUUUUGAUGGUUGUUCCAUGGCUUAAGCCAGUAUUUAGAAGGGCGUCUACUCACACUAUAAUGGACAGGCCAGCCUGCAGUGAUCUGCUGACACAGAAGAUGAGAGCCUUUUGAUCUGCUCAGGUUUGAAAUUCUGGUCUAGUCUCAAUUGUGUGGCCGGGAUGGCUGGAAACACAUUUCCUCUGUCUCGGACAGUCCGGAUGCAGUACACUUUGUCACAAUCUUUCAGGCAGAAUAUAGGAGCCUUUAAGUAAUCUGACAAGACAGAUGCAGGGAGCCUUCUGCAGAGCAAUUGUAGGAGCAUUACUGUAAAACAAAGGAGAGGUUACAGUGAGGUUUAUCUGUUGCAACAGGACCCCAAAAACAGGCUGUCACUCUAGUUUAAAAGCCUCUAAGUGAUUUGCCACGGAAUUACCUAAAACAUGAACUAUCUUUCACCUUGCAUUUCACUCAGACAACACCAUGCCAAGUGCAAGUGAUGACUGUUUACUUCAGAGGCGUAAAACAACAGGUAUUUUCUUCUGCGGUUCAGGCUUUGGGAGGCUGAGGCAAAUCUCUCAGCAUGAAGUCAAAUGGCUGGCUCUCACUGUUGUGGGUAGGGCUGGAUCUGUAAAAAUCAGGUGGGAAGAAGAGGAACAAUGUUCAUUAGGAGGUGGAUAUGCAGACAGCAAGUUGCUCCUGCUACAGCUAUUAAUAGAUUAAUACCUCAGCACUGUGCUGGGGAACAUGCUCAUGUUCUGUGCCUUCAGACAUGCUGCUUUUCUCUAUGUCAUCUCCCUCACCGUGUUUGAACAUAAUGUUUGGUAAGAGGGAGAAACAGGACCCUAAUGCAGAGGUUCAGAGGAGGACAGCAGAAGAAAAAAGCUCUGACCAUGUGUUCAUAUCUUAACAAACUUAUUUGUGUUCCAUUAGAAGAAAUAAACUGCUCUUUUGCCAGUGGUCAGAAUACUGACUCCUGCCAUGUCCCUAUACAUGGGCAAGAAAGACACUUGGGAGUGCAUCUUUCCACCACCUGUUUGGGAGGAGUCAUAAUGUCAGGUGUCCAUCCAGGACAGGACAUCCAGAUCUCAGCUAGUCUCCCUGGGCUUCCUUUCUAUCCUGUAGGAAGGAAUGGGCAUGUUCAGGCUGUGAUUAAUCUCACUCCUAUUAGACUAAAAGUAGGCUGUGUCACCAGCUGGAGUCCCUUGUUUCUCUCUGUUGCCUCUAUAAUUACUUGGAGGACAAUUAACUCAAACUUAGACAUUUGGUUUGGAGCUCUCUGAGUGAGAAACUUGGCAGUUCCAGACAGAGGAGAUGCUUCAUCAA